AUGAAGGGACCAUCCUUUAAGGAGGGAAAUAAAAUCUAUCUCGCUCGCAAAAACAUCAAGUCGAAGCGACCAAGCGAGAAACUCGACUACAAGCAACUUGGACCAUUCAAGAUCAAGCGAAAGAUCUCGGACACCAACUACGAACUGUCACUACCACAGUCAAUGCAGAUCCACCCGAUUUUCCACAUCUCACUUUUGGAACCAGCCUCACCACGGGCAAAGCUCGACGAGACCACAGAGCUCGAGGACGAAGAUAAAGAAGAGCAAGAGGUCGAGAAGAUCCUCGAUUAUCGCGGAGAAGGACCGCAGACAGACGGCCUACUCUGUCGACCAGCUCUUCAGGAAAGGAAGCCUCCCUUUCUUUUGUUCUUCACCAUGGAUAAGAAACAAACCUCCCCGAAGCUCUUGCAGGCAGAAUUUCCGCCAGCCCAAGAAGAGCAAGUUCCAGCAAAUCCGCCGUCACGAAAACGACACCUAGACAGCGACGACGACGCCGAACAACAGGCAAAACGAGCGCGAACGACGCGCCCGACUUCGGAGCCAGCACGAUUGACACGACAGAACCUCGCACGUUUCAACAAGAUGGGCAAGAAGAAGUCCUCAGACCCCUCGGACGAUUCCAGAUCGACCAAGACCAAGACAACGUCGACAACGUCGACAGGAUUCGCCGACAAAGCCCGCAAGAACGGCAUUCUCGACCCGCAUGGUUCGAGACUGGCCAAAAAUCUCGAAGACAUUCGCCAACAGCAGGCCAAAUCCCGAGCCACUGCCUCGCCACCAGAGUCGGUAUACAAUGACUACGUCGACCGGGUCGACAGAGCCGGCAACGAAUCCACCAUUGUCGUCGCAACAAGCAAGCGGCUACUAAAGGAGUACCCCACGAAUUACCCAGACGCCUACAACCGAGCAUUCACGAACCUCCCGAAAGACGCUGGAUUCAAUAACGGUCUGUCUGCCCCACAACCGGACUUCAUCGAGGGACUCGAAAAAGAGGAGUACCGCCCGUUCCCAGUCGACGACUACAUUCCUGGGGCUGCGCUCUACCAGGAUGACCCUCGCUCUAUAACGCUACCGCAGAUAGCCGGAGAAUGGAAGGGCCCUGCCGGAGAUAUGAGAGAAGCGAGAAUACAAAGCGCCUAUGACGGAGCUGCGAUGGUCCACGCAAGAAACAAGGCCCUCGCCUACAUGGGAAAAGAGGACCCCCCUGGACACGCGUCAGUCACCACAUUCACCACAGACGGCACGAACCUCAAUCUGUUCGCGCACUAUGCCGCCCCAUCGGAAGAAGACGAAGGCGCGCUGGAAUACCACCAGUCUCUUGUCUCGACAAUAAACCUCACUGGUAGCUACGAAAGCUUCAAGGAAGGCCGAAAACACCUCAGGAACGCCCAGGACCACGCCAGAGCACAGUCGUACGCUCUGAAGGACCAGUUGAAGGAGCACUACAAGCAGCAACGCGGUGGUGGCCUCCAUCCUGUCGCUACAGGAGUGCCGCCCUUGCCUGUACCAGGCAUCGAAUCACUGAACGCUUACGAGGACGAAGGCGACUACGAAGUCGUCGAACACCAGCCUGUCCACCAGCCGACGCCGCCUACGUCAUCCAAGCACAGGAGUGGCAAGACGCACGCUCACCACUCGCACCACUCGCAUUCGACGCCGCACUCGUCGAAGGCUCCCUCGUCCACUCACAGUUCCACCCACAGCAGCGGUGGCAAGCGAAAAGCUUUGUUCUCACAGUCGUCCCACGGAUCCUCUGCCCCUGUCAGCAAACACAGGAGCUACUGGAAGAAGGAUCGCGAGACUGGUCAAUACUAUCAUGUGCAUUCGGAUGGUACCGUCUCUUGGCUUGACGACGAGGAAGACGAGCGAGCGACCCCGAGACAAUUGACCGCGGGGCAAUGGCGCCGAGACAAAUGGCACAGGACCUGCGGGCAGGAGGACACUGGACGACUAGGUGGUGAUGGCACCUGGAAUGGCACCUGUGAUGCGGUGUCUGAAGCGAGUCACCGGACACAGCUCCCCAACAGACUCGGCCUGUUGCUUGAGAAUUAUUUAGGAGCAGCGACGGAAGCUCGCUGCUCACACCAGUCCCUACCUAGACAGCUUUCAAUGACCGGGGUGACGGGAUCGUUGCCGUUGAUGAUAACGCUGGCGACCAUACCUUGGACGCUCGGGCUGUUGCAGAACCCACUUGUUAGAGCGCUGCUGCCGAAGGAGAAGCUGGAGGGGGUGGUGAGGCAGCAGGAGCUGGCCAAGAAGCAGGCGGCGGAGCGGUUUGGGGAGGACAAAGUUGUGAGGCGGGAUAUGCUCGGGAGCUUUGUCAAGCAUGGGUUGAGCCAUACGAACGCACGAGACGAGAUUGAUGCUGCGAUACGGGAGGGGAGGGUAUCGAGUCCCAUUGCAGAGGAAGAGGCACGGCGGCUGCCGUACUUGCAGGCUGUGAUGAAGGAGGGACUGAGGCUGUCUUCGCCAGUGAUGGGCCUUCUUCCGAAGAUAUGCGACACGGAGCAAACUGUCUGUGGCGUCAGGAUCCCGCCUGGCACAAACGUCUGCUGGGAUGCCAUCUCCAUCUUCCGAAAUCAGGAAACUUUUGGGGCUGACGCUGACGUGUUUCGACCAGAGAGGUGGUUAGUGGAGAUGGAAAAUGUGGAAAAGAAAAGUAUGGAGUUUGUGCAAGGCCUUGUCUUUGGAACUUCUGGCAGAUUUGAAUGCCUGGGGAAGGGGAUCGCGAUGCUCGAACUUAACAAGGUGUUUGUCGAGCUUUUGAGGCGGUUUGACUUUGCACUUGUCAAUCCGCUGACGCCAUUGACCUCCCGCGAUUAUUCCUUGUCUUUUCAGACUGAUUUGUGGGCUAGAAUAACCAGACAACAUGUUCAUUCGUAG